GAGGCAGCUAUCCCCACGUCAGUCAAUGUUCAGACUACCUAACUCAAGAUUAUCGAACCAAGAUAGCCGAAUCAGCUGCAAAGCACUUAUUUUGUGAUUAAAUUCUGUAUGUUUUGGACCCAGAGGAACGAUGGAGACGCUGCUUCCCAAAGCGCCACAGAAAAGGCAAGUGACCGCCAUUAUUAUCCUAUUACUAUUGUGGGAGGCGGGCGGCGCAACCAUUAACUAUUCUAUUCUAGAAGAGAGGGAGAGCGGCUCUUUCGUGGCCAACCUAGCAAGAGAUCUGAGGUUGGGCUUAGGGGAGUUAGCCGCGCGGGGAGCUCGGAUUCUUUCCAAAGGAAAUAAACAGCAUUUGCAGCUCGAGCAGAAGAGUGGAAAUUUACUUCUAAAAGAAAAAUUGGACCGGGAAGAGUUGUGUGGUGAUAUAGAUCCAUGUAUACUGCAUUUCCAGGUGUUACUGAAAAACCCGGUGCAGUUUAUUCAAGGUGAACUGCAGCUGCAAGAUGUAAAUGACCAUGCACCAGAAUUCUUGGAAAAUGAAAUCCUCCUGAAAAUCUCUGAAAGCAGCCAUCCAGGGACUGCAUUUCCUUUGGAAAUAGCUCAAGAUUUAGACGUGGGCAGCAACACAGUUCAGAACUACACAAUUAGUACCAACUCCCAUUUCCACCUCUCCACUCGCAAUCACAGCGACGGCAGGAAAUACCCUGAACUGGUUCUCGACAAAGCGUUGGACCGUGAGGAGCAGUCCGAGCACAGGUUAACCCUCACGGCGUGGGAUGGUGGGUCACCGCCUAGGACUGGGACUUCCCAGGUCCUCAUUAUAGUCCUGGACAUAAAUGACAACGCUCCUGAAUUUGCUCAGCUGCUCCACGAGGUGCAUGUCCCAGAGAACAGCGCCAUAGGCUCCCUUGUCAUCACUGUGUCCGCUAUAGAUUUAGAUUCUGGGACCCACAGCGAGCUCUCUUACUCAUUUUUCCAAUCCUCAAAUCAAAUCGUUCAGGCCUUUGAAAUAAACGCAGUCACAGGAGAAAUUCGAUUAAAAAAAUUGUUGGAUUUUGAGGAAAUUCGAUCAUACCGAAUGGAGAUUGAAGCCUCAGACGGCGGAGGUCUUUCAGGAAAAUGCACCGUAGCCAUACAAGUGAUGGAUGUGAACGACAACGCCCCCGAACUGACCAUGUCAUUGCUCAUCACUGAGAUCCCAGAAAACUCCCCUGACACUGUGGUGGCUAUUUUUGGAAUUUCAGAUCCAGAUUCUGGGGACAAUGGCAAAUUGACCUGUUCCAUCGAAGACCAUCUCCCUUUCCUUCUGAAACUUACUGUAGAAAAUUACUACACUCUGGUAACGGAGGGACCCCUGGACAGAGAGAGCCAAGCCGAGUUCAACAUCACCAUCACCGUCACCGACCUGGGGACACCCAGGCUGAAGAGCGAGCACAGCAUCUCCGUGCAGGUGGCCGACGUCAACGACAACGCCCCGGCCUUCAGCCAAAGCGCCUACACCCUGUGGGUCCGCGAGAACAACGGCCCCGCCCUGCACAUCGGCAGCGUGAGCGCCACCGACCCGGACUCGGGCGCCAACGCGCAGGUCACCUACUCGCUGCUGCCGCCCGGCGACGCGCGCCUGCCGCUGGCCUCGCUGGUGUCCAUCAGCGCGGACACCGGGCAGCUGUUCGCGCUGAGGCCCCUGGAUUUCGAGGCGCUGCGCGCCUUCGAGUUCGGCGUGGGCGCGGCCGACGGCGGCUCGCCGGCGCUGAGCAGCCGGGCGCUGGUGCGCGUGCAGGUGCUGGACGCCAACGACAACGCGCCCGUCGUGCUGUACCCGCCGCAGAACGGCUCUGCGCCCUGCACCGAGCUGGUGCCGCGCGCGGCCGACGCGGGCUACCUGGUGACCAAGGUGGUGGCGGUGGACGGCGACUCGGGCCAGAACGCCUGGCUGUCGUACCAGCUGCUCAGGGCCACGGAGCCCGGGCUGUUCGGCGUGUGGGCGCCCAGCGGCGAGGUGCGCACGGCCCGGCAGCUGAGCGAGCGCGACGCGCCCAGGCACAGGCUGGCGGUGCUGGUGCGCGACCACGGCGAGCCGCCGCUGUCGGUCACCGUCACGCUGCACGUGCUGCUGGUGGACGGCUUCUCGCAGCCCCACCUGCCGCGGGCCGAGGCGGCGGCCGAGCAGGCGUGGGCCGAGCCGCUCACCGUGUCCUUGGUGGUGGCCCUGGCGGCGGUGUCGUCGCUCUUCCUGCUGUCGGUGCUGGGCGUCGUGGCGGCGCGGCUGUGCGCGAGGGCCCGGGCGGCGUCUGCGGGGGUCUGCUCGGCGCCCGGGGGCGGCCUUGCGGGCCACCUGGUGGACGUGAGCGGCGGCGGGACGCUGUGCCAGGCCUACCGCUAUGAGGUGUGCGUGUCGGGAGGCUCGGGGACCGGCGAGUUCAAGUUUCUGAAGCCAAUUAUGUCUAAUCUGCAACCCCAGAGCACAGGGAAGGGAGUGGAAGAAUAUCCCUCAUUUCGGAAUGAUUUGGGUUUGUGAUAAAGAAAAAAUAAAUGCUGAUAUUGUAUCUGAAUAUUU